AUGGGUCUCCUAGAAUCCCUCCGGGCUAAAUACGAACUCUACCGCCUCGAACAACGCUACACCCGCCGCGAAAAGCGGACAACCUUCAUCUCCGGCGCCCAAUACGUCGACGGCGAGUAUGUUUACAACGUCGUUUCGCCCACCAGCUCGAAGUCAUCGAGCAGCUUUGGCAGU